AUGUCGCUUCUCGACUUUUCUCGACACACUUCUUACACCUCGACCGCGGUAGACCCAGAAUUUGAAGAUUUUGGCCCUCCCUUUGAUGACGCCAGUGCAGAUAUCAUACUCCGGUCCAAUGACAAGGUGGAUUUCAACGUCCACAAGUUGAUACUCUCCAUCGCAUCUCCCAUAUUCAAAGACAUGUUCACUCUACCACCACCAGGAAGCCACUCGGGGCUCGGGGCCGGCAGGGACGAAGUGAAACAGGGCCUUCUGGUCGUUCUUGUGGAUGACGACGAGCGGUCGCUUAACCUGAUGCUGCACUUCUGCUAUCCGUUACCCGAUCCCCCGUUAGAUGAUUUUGAAGACAUGAAGAAGAUUCUUCGGAUAGCGCACAAAUAUCAACUAGAAAACGUCCGGAGCGCGCUUAUAUCCAGACUUAUGCAAUUUGCUCAAGAGCAGCCUGAGCGCGUCUUUGCCAUCGCAUGGGCCUACGAGAUGAAGGACGUGACGGUCGCAGCGGCGAAACACACACUACGCCAGCCGUUUCUCCCAGGCCCGGAUAUAGUAGAGUUCUUAAGUAUCUCGGGAAUGGCUGUCCAGAAACUGCUACAGUACCAGCGCGCGUGUAUCGCGUCUGUGCAGCAGUUAGUAUCCGACAAAACGUGGAUCACCGCUGAAGACCUUCCAUGCUGUCUGUCAACGAUUUGCGAGUGCGGCGGACAGUCUGACACUAUGGCAAACAACGUCGUCAUCAUGUCUCGCAUUUGGUGGUGGGAAUACAUGGGAAGAGCUCAAGUUGCCUUGAAAACACGACCCUGCGCAUCGACUGUCACUAGUCUCGAGCUCAUCUCACCCUCCUUGAUGGACGCGGCCGAGUGCACCGCCUGCAAACCAGAGGCAAGCGCUUCUAUGGAGCACUUCACUCGUCGUUUCGCCCAGGAAAUAGAUCGAGUGAUUUCAAUGGUGAGUUUCCGCUUCGAGGCUCAACGUGAACUGGACUGA